AUGGGAUCGCUAAACAUAGCGAUCCGGAUCGCGAAAGCCCCGCGAUUGGGUUCGUUCGAUCCGGAACACGGGUCGCUGGCAGGUGCAGCGUUUCCGGUGACAGAACUUGGUUCACUCGCCUCAGAUAUGUUUAUCGGUGGCAGUGAUACCACAUUUACAACCUUAGAGUGGGUGAUGUCUGAGCUUAUGAAGAUUCCAAGGGUGAUGAAAAAACUGCAAAAUGAGGUGAGGGGAGGAGUUGGAAACAAAGAAGACAUUACAGAGGAUGAUUUUGCUGGAAUGCACUACUUGAAGGCAGUGAUCAAAGAGACUUUUCGCUUACAUCCUCCAUUUCCAUUACUUGUUCCUAGGAUGUCCAACCAAAAUGUGAAAAUCAACGGUUACAACAUUAAGGCUAACACACAAGUUAUGGUGAAUGCUUGGGCGAUUGGGAGAGAUCCCAAUUCAUUUAUAAAUGCCAAGCAGUAUGAGCCUGAAAGAUUCUUAAACAGUGCCAUAGAUUACAAAGGGAAUGACUUCGAAUUAAUUCCAUUUGGUUCUGGUAGACGAGGAUGCCCAGGAAUGCAUUUUCCCGUGGUUGUGGUAGAGAUUGUCUUGGCAAAUAUUGUUCACAAGUUUGAUUGGAUAUUGCCUGAUGGUGCAAGAGCGGAGGACUUAGACAUGAGUGAAUCCAUAACUGCACAUAGAAAAUAUCCUCUCAAAGUGGUUGCCAAACCAUAUUUUCCCUGCUUCUGA